AUGGAUAAUGGUGGGUUGUCAAACGAAGCACUUGCGUUGAUGAUCUUUGACAUUAUUCGCGUGCAUCAACUACGGAUUAUAUGUUAUCUUCAAGCCCAUGGAAUGCUAGCAGAUGUUGAGCAAGGUGAGGACGAGAGGAGGGUUAGGCGUAAAUUUUCUCGUUUAGAGAGAAUCCCUGCCCAAGUUCAUCACCUCACACGACUGGUCGGUUUGAACGACAAGGAGUGCAUUGAUAAUCUUCGAAUGGAUCGUAAUUGCUUCGGGAGAUUAUGUUUAUUGCUGCGUGAACAGGCUGACUUAGUCGAUGGGAAGUAUGUAUAUGUUGAAGAACAAAUUGCAAUGUUCUUAGGUGCCAUAGAUGGGACCUAUAUCAACGUGUUAGUUGGUAGCGACGAUAAACCACGCUACCGCAAUAAGAAAGGACAAAUUGCUACAAAUACAUUAGCUGUAUGCACUAGGGACAUGCGCUUUGUGUACGUGCUCGCCGGAUGGGAGGGAUCGGCCAGAGAUGCGAGGGUGUUACGUGACGCAGUCACAUGUCCACAUGGGAUAAAAGUUUUGAAAGGGCAAUAUUAUCUAUGCGAUAACGGUUACGCCAACAGCGAACGCUUUCUUACUCCUUACAAAGGUGUCCGUUACCAUCUUCAAGAAUGGGGCCCUGCUGCCAUGGUGCCUGAAAACCCUAAAGAAAUGUAUAACAUGUGCCACACCAAGGCGAGGAAUGUGAUAGAACGCGCGUUUGCUGUUGUGAAGAUGAGAUGGGGAAUUUUGCGUAGUGCUUCGUUUUAUCCGAUCACUACACAAAUAAGGUUGACCCUUUCAUGCUUUCUCUUGCAUAACUUCAUACGUGACCAAAUGACUGUCGAUCCAAUCGAGCAAGAGUUAGAUGUUGAGCACAUUCACCUUGGACUUGAAGAGGAGCAGCCAGAGCACAACGUUUAUGUAGACACAGUUGAUCCCACACCGGCUUGGAACAAUAAACUCAACGAAUUUGCUGAAACUAUGUGGCUUAGUGCAGCCUUUAAAGUAGCUUUUGUGGUGGUUUGUGACUCAAUGUUUGUUGUUAUGGUUUGUGAUUAUAGCCUUUAG